UGUUUUUUUUUUAACAUGUACGUCGUCGACAAUUUCAUUUUGAAAGGCGCCAUCCAGAAGUGCUAAAUAGACUCGUUGAAUGAUAACAGUGCCGAAUCAGCUCGGAAGGGGAAGUUCACAGGAAGCAGAACUGAAUGAAUUGAAAUAGUCACAAUGAGACCAGUGCUGCGCUCUUCGUUCGGAUACGUGCUGUCGUUACUCCGUCCACCUCCAGCCUCUCAGACAAAACUUCUCUUUAAGUCCAGAGGUCUGCCCCUGUAUCUGAGAAACAUGGCCCAUUAUCACACGGAGGAGAGAGGACACCCGAACUCCCCCGACUACAGGAUCUUUUUUAAAACAUCUGAAGGAAAAUACAUUUCUCCCUUCCAUGACAUUCCACUUUUUGCAGACACAGAACAGGAGUAUGAUGUGCCACCUAAAAAACUUAAGAAGAGUGAGAUGGUGUUCAACAUGGUUGUGGAGGUACCCCGAUGGUCAAAUGCUAAAAUGGAGAUUGCAACAAAAGAACCACUGAACCCCAUCAAACAAGAUGUAAAGAAAGGCAAACUGCGAUUUGUGGCCAAUGUGUUUCCUCACAAAGGUUACAUUUGGAACUACGGAGCACUUCCACAGACAUGGGAGGACCCAAACCACACGGACAAAGACACAAACUGCUGCGGUGAUAAUGAUCCUGUAGAUGUGUGUGACAUUGGUACCCAGGUAUGCUUGCCUGGUCAGGUGAUCCAGGUGAAAGUGCUGGGCAUUUUGGCUAUGAUUGAUGAGGGAGAAACAGACUGGAAGGUCAUUGCCAUCAAUAUUGAAGACCCAGAUGCCCACAGGAUAAAUAGCUUAGAGGAUGUCCGCAAUAUAAGGCCUGGUCACCUGGAAGCGACAGUUGAGUGGUUUAGGAAAUAUAAAAUGCCAGAUGGGAAACCUGAGAUUCAAUUUGCCUUCAAUGGACAGUUCAAAGACAAGGAGUUUGCAGUUGAGAUCGUCAAGUCCACUCAUGAGCACUGGAGGGCGCUAGUGCAGAAGAACAGUAAUACUGGAGAGAUUGAAUGUAAGAAUAUCUCUGUCUGUGAGAGCCCUUUUAAGUGCACUGCAGAUGAGGCUAGAAAUGUGGUCCAAUUGACCCCUGCAUUUGGUAACGCACUCCCCGUAUCUCCAGAAGUUGACAAGUGGCAUUUUCUCUGAAAAUGAUUCUCAAGUCUUCGCAAGAUGUCUUACAAGGGAUUACCAGUGUUGCGUCUCGUUUUAUAUGUAAUUCAAAUUUUGAAAUGAUCUACUGUUAAACGCUCCACCAUUUGAAUUAAGUGACUGCUACACUGUAAAGAUCGGAGGGAACAAAACAAAAUGGCAAUGUUUAUUGAGGACAAAAAAUUAAUUCUUUGUGUUGAUCUUGAGUAACAAAUCACAAUGAAACACAUUUUUUAAGUUGUUAACAUACUGGAAGCAAUAGUCUUUAUUGUUUUGUCCAAAAAAUGUUUAGAAAUGGACAACUCAUAAGUUGACUUUUAUUAUAUUGUCCCAACUUUCCUCCUGGCUGUACAGUAUUUAAUAGUACUUAAUAGUACCGCAUAGCCAGGAAGUUGCACUAAUGGGCCACAAUGGCUUAUGAACUGAUCUCAGUUUGUGUUUUCUACGUUAAAGGUCAUAUUUUUCAAUGUAACCCGUAAUGUUUUUUUUUUUGAAUAAAUUUUUUUGUA